GUCGGCGCGAGCGGACGGCCGCGGCAGCAUGCACACCCCGAGGACGGCGACGGCGGCAACGGCGGCGGCGGCGGCGCUGUGCGUGUCGGUCGCGGCCCUGUUGGCGCUGGUCGCCCCCGCGGCCGCCAUCGCCAUCGACUCAGUGGCGACGCGGCAGCUGAACGAGGUGGUGCAGCAGGACUCGUUCGUGCUCAACCUGAAGCACCUGAAGCCGAAGCGGCGCCUGCGCGGCAGCGUGGAGACGCUGCUCUCCAUCGAAGUGCCCGGCUCCUCCCAGCGCCUCGCCCUGCUGCUCGACCGGCGCGCGCGCCGCGUGAUGCUGGACGCGACGUCGGCGGACGGGCGCACGAGCGAGCGCCACGUGACGGUGGACGCGCUGUCGGACGGUGCGCUGCUGCGCUCACUGCUGCUGCACGUGGACCAGCGCCAGCCCGGGGCGCGCGCGCGCGUCUUCGUGGACUGCGCGCCGAGGGGCGUGCUCGAGCUGCCGCACGCGCCGCGCGACAUGCUGGCGCGCCUGCCGCCCACGGCCCAGGAGCCGCGGCUGCAGGUGGUGACACCGCGAGCGGCGCUACGACCUGGAGGUGGACGGGCACGGCGAGGCCGCGAGCAGGCUCUCAACGCAACAACUGCCCGGCGUCGGCGCUGGAGCUGCGCCGGCGGCGGCGAACGCGCGGGCGGGCGACGGGGCGCGGGCGCGGCGCGGGGAGGCGAGCCGCCCCGGCGCGCCGCCGCCGCCGCCGCCGCCCGCGCCGCACGGGCCCCGGGCGCGCGCCUGACUGCGGACGCCACGCCCGGCAACGAAAACAACGAGGUCAUCCGCAGGAGUGACAUCCCCAUCAAUCAUUGCUGCGAAGAGACUGCUCAGUUGCGGAAGCUCGUUGGGAAACUGUCGGAGCUGGUGGAGAAGUUGCGGGAGGAGGUUGAGAGUCAGAGAGCGGAGAUGCAGUACCUGCGAGGUCUGGUGGAACAAUGUCAAGAAUAUUGCAGAAAGCCGGUGCGCGAGGGCUGCAGCGCCGACCCGCCGCCGUGCUUCCCGGGCGUGGCGUGCCACGAGACGGCCGAGGGCGUCCGCUGCGGCCGCUGCCCGUCGGGCUACGGCUACCGCUGCGGGCCGUGCCCCGCGGGCUACACGGGCGACGGGCAGACGUGCAAGCCGCGCGGCGGCUGCGACCUGCGGCCCUGCUUCCCGGGCGUCGACUGCCACGACUCCGACCGCCCGCCCUACUACCGGUGCGCGGCUGCCCGCGGGCUACACCGCAACGGCCCGCCUGACCACGACCUCGACGAGUGCGACCUGGCGGAGCCGUGCGACCCGGUGGUGCGCUGCACCAACAUGGCGCCGGGCUUCCGCUGCGAGUCGUGCCCGUCGGGCUACACGGGCAGCGGCGGGCUGCAGGGCGUGGGGCUGGAAUUCGCGCGCUUGCACCGCCAGCGCUGCUACGACUGCAAGACGGGCUGGGCCGGCGAUGGGCGCGUGUGCGGCCCCGACAGCGAUCUGGACGGCUGGCCCGACCACGACCUGCAAUGCCGUGACGAUCGCUGCCGCAAGGACAACUGCGUGCACCUGCCCAAUUCGGGCCAGGAGGACGCGGAUGGCGACGGCUACGGCGACAUCUGCGACAGUGACGCCGACAACGACGGCGUCCCCAACAGCCCAGACAACUGCCCGCUGGUGCCCAACGCGGACCAGCUGGACACGGACGAGGACGGCGGCGACAAGCAGGGAGACGCGUGCGACAACUGCCCCACGGUGCCCAACUACGACCAGAGCGACGUGGACAAGGACGGCUACGGCGACGCCUGCGACUCCGACAUGGACGACGACGGCAUCAUUAACGGCCGCGACAACUGCCCGCGCAAGGCCAACCCCGACCAGCGCGACACGGACGGCGAUGGGCUGGGUGACGCGUGCGACAACUGCCCGUCCGUGUCCAACCCCAACCAGGCGGACAGCGACAACGACCUGGUGGGCGACAUGUGCGACAGCGACCUCGACCGCGACAGGGACGGCGUACAGGACAACGUGGACAACUGCCCUAAGCUGGCCAACAGCGACCAGCUGGACACGGACAGCGACGACAACGGCAUUGGUGACAUCUGCCAGACAGAUUUCGAUCUCGACAAGGUUCGCGAUGAGGACGACAACUGUCCUAAUAACAGCAAAAUUUACUCCACAGAUUUCAGGUCAUACCAGACUGUCGUUCUAGACCCCGAAGGCGACUCUCAGAUUGAUCCCAACUGGGUCAUUUACAACAAAGGAGCAGAGAUUGUGCAAACAAUGAAUAGCGACCCAGGUCUCGCUGUAGGCUACGACGAGUUUGGCGGCGUGGACUUCGAGGGCACGUUCUUCGUGGACACGGACGUGGACGACGACUAUGUGGGUUUCAUAUUCAGCUACCAAAGCAACCACAAGUUCUACACGGUGAUGUGGAAGAAGAACACGCAGACGUACUGGCAGGCCACGCCGUUCCGCGCUGUGGCGGAGCCAGGCAUUCAACUCAAGCUGGUGGACUCCAGCACAGGACCCGGGCAGAUGCUGCGCAACUCCCUCUGGCACACUGGAGACACCGAGAACCAGGUGAAGCUGCUGUGGAAGGACCCGCGCAACAAGGGCUGGAAGGAGAAGGUGGCGUACCGCUGGCUGCUGCUGCAUCGCCCGCGCAUCGGCCUCAUUCGCCUGCGCAUCUUCGAGGGCAAGGCGAUGGUGGCCGACUCGGGCAACGUGUACGACAGCACGCUCAAGGGCGGCCGCCUGGGCGUCUUCUGCUUCUCGCAGGAGAUGAUCAUCUGGUCGGACCUUGUAUACCGGUGCAACGAUAACGUCCCAGAAGCUAUUUACAGAGAACUUCCCUCAAAUCUGCAAAGAGAAGUUGAAAUUGAUACAAGUUUGCCUCCACAUCUGUAAUAUAAAUAUUAGAGCAAUGACGUUAUUUAUUUUACAUAUCUUAUAACCAAAAAAGGAUAAAAAUGUAACUAUCCUAAAAUAUUCUUAAAGACGAGUGUUACGAUUCAGAAUAUGACAAAUUGUUUUAGUAUCUGAACUGUAAAUUCCACCCCGUUUAUGUGCCGGCAAUGGUACUCUGUAACUUCGAAUACCUGUGAAAGUAAUUUUGUAAUGUAAUUCAUGUUAUGCAAAUAAAGGUACAUCUAUAUAAAUAUGUAGUAAUGAGCUGGCACUAGAUUUAGAGCUAUACUUGCAGAAACGAACGAAAGAAAGCCGUCAUCAUGCAUUCAACAAACAUAAAAACGAAUUUGAAUGAUCAACGUGUUAGUAGAAUAUUUGAAUUUCCUUUCACUUACCUUAAAUUUUAAUAUGAAUUAUGCAUUCACCAAAUGUAAAACUGAAUUUGUAUCUUCAAGUAGUUAGUUAAAUAUUUGGAGUUAACUUCGUUUACCCAUAUUGUUAAUAUGACACAUAAAUGCACACUCGGAGAGUAACUUCUGAGACGUUUUUGAAGUAGAGCGCAUUGUCAAGCAAGAAGGCAUCAUGUAUUUGUCAAUUUUUCCAUGUACAUUGUAUACAGAAACCAGUGACCUCAAAUGAUGCACAAUGUGUACUCAAUAUUGUAAAGAAACUUAACUGUAUAUCCUGCCAGAGAAUUCAGAUGAGAUUUAAAUUUGUAACACAUUGCUUUGCAUAGCUGGUUGGCAUAAAACUAUUAAACAGAAUAUCUUAAUUCAUAUAGAAACUAUCUUUUCAUAAAUUGCUCAAAUAUUACUAAUAUUCUUCAAUAAACAAAUAUUUUACAAUAUACCUGGUCUUAUUAUUUCGAAGAUUUCACAUUAUAUUGAGAUAACACAAAACUUUGAUUAUCAUAAACUUGACCGUGGCCUGUCACAUAACGAUUUCACUUCAAAAAUAUGAUUUUACUCUGAUGUAAUAUGUUAUUUUCCCCCUGCAGAUCCGCAAUGCAUCUGUGAACAGGUGACAGACCAAGUUAUUAUUGCAAUUGAUGGUUAACGAUUCUAUUUCGCAUCAAAAAACGAGCUACAGAUUUGAUAUAAUAGUCCUGACGUCAAAAUAAUGAAGCCUCUCACUCUUUUAGCAACUAGCGAAUCGAGGGCUCAAGAAAACUUGCGCUGGUAAUAAUUAGUUUUUAAGACCUCAAUGGUUUUUUAGGGCAUGUUCUAAAAACGCCAUAGCAUCUGUCGUGUGUGUAAUAUAAUAUCACAUGGGAAAACUUCCAGUCAAUUUUAGAACACGCCAUUAAAAAUUAGUCAUCUUUUGGAAGUACGGUAUAACUGCUAACAUUUUUCGUUAAGCCGUA